AUGAGCGCUGCGCCGCCGGUUUUCCUGGGCUCCGAGGUGGUGGAGAAACACUUGCAGCAUGCCAGCCUCCUGGUCCCUUCGCUGGAAGCUGCCCUGGCCAAUUUCUCCAGCGGCGCGGAGGGAGGCGUCGUGCAGCCCAUCCGCACCGUCGUGCCGGUGCAGAAGUACAGCGGAUUUUUAGGGGUCAUGCCUGCGUACAGUGCAAAGGACGAUGCUCUAACAACUAAACUGGUAACCUUCUAUGAACACAAAAAGGAUUCUUCUGUUCCCUCUCACCAAGCAACUGUAUUACUCUUUGACCCAAGAAAUGGCUCUUUAAAAGCUGUCAUGGAUGGCAGUGUCAUUACAGCAAAACGAACUGCUGCAGUUUCUGCAAUAGCUACCAAGUUCUUAAUGCCAGCUGAUGCAGAAGUGCUGUGCAUUCUAGGAGCUGGUGUUCAAGCCUAUAGCCAUUAUGAGAUCUUCACAGAGCAAUUCUCAUUUAAAGAGGUGAGGAUAUGGAAUCGCACUAAGGAGAAUGCUGUGAAGUUUGCUCGCUCAGUUAAGGGUCCAGUGCAGGUUUGCCCCUCUGCUCAGGAGGCUGUCACUGGAGCUGAUGUGAUUAUAACAGUCACCAUGGCAACAAUGCCAAUUUUAUUUGGAGAGUGGAUAAAACCAGGUGCCCAUAUCAACGCUGUUGGGGCAAGCAGACCAGACUGGAGAGAGCUGAAUGAUGAAGUGAUGAAGAAUUCUGUCCUAUAUGUGGAUUCUCGAGAAGCUGCUCUGAAUGAAUCAGGAGAUGUUAUAUUAUCAAGGGCAGAGAUUUUUGCCGAGCUGGGAGAAGUAGUGAAGGGGACAAAACCAGCCUUGCCUGAGAAAACAACAGUUUUCAAAUCACUGGGGAUCGCAGUUGAAGACACUGUGGCUGCAAAAUUAGUUUACGAUUCCUGGUCAGCUGGUAACUAAAACGAAGAGCCUGCAGUACUAAGAAGGACAAAAUAAUAUAAAGAAAAUGGUUCAUACUUAGUUUUCUUGUACCAUUUCUUUUUAAGAAAAGGAAAUAAUUCCAUAGGGAAUAUAAUACUUUAUAACUUUCAAUAGUCAAUAUUAAAAUUAGAAAUAUAUAGCAUUUACUUUUAUUCUUUAAUAUCAGAUAUCUAAUGUUUGUAAAGUUACUAACAAAUGUAUUUCUGUGCAUUUUGAUAUCCUCUGGAAUAAACCACUUUUGCUCCCUAAUGUACAACAGCUAGCAGAAAAACUGUGUACGGAUUUCAUGUCUGUGGAGAGCUUGGUACUGUGGUAAAAUGCACUAGUGUGGAACUGCAGUUUAAAUCUGGUAUCAUGUCACUAGUGAUAGCUGUCUCACUUUCAAUCCCAGUGGGACAGUUCUCAGCAUGAUGAAACCACUAUCAUUCAGACAUCUAUCCCUCCGGCCUCUAGAAAGGCCUGAAUCUGAAAUGCUGUAGGUUACAGUUAGAGUGUGUUAAUCAAAAAGGCUAAAUAGUUAAUCAAGUUCAGUGCCUUGCUGUGCUGGGACUUAGUAUUAUCAGUUUAUGAUGGUCAUGAGAUUCACCCAAAACUUCAGUGUUAAACAGUUUUUUCUUUAAAAAUAAAUAAAUAAUAUUUCACAUAUUCUUUUGGGAGAUUUCCUGAUUUAAUAUGUUCAUAAAUUCUCUACUAAGGCUCUCUUAGGUUAGAGUCAUGCUGAUUUAUUUCAGUGGGAUAAACUUCUUCCCAGUGUAAAGACAAACCUUUUCAGUGCUGAGGUUUGUUUGUGUCUUAAGUAGGUGAGUGGACUGGUAAUCAUGCUUUUAGCCAUCUGAGCAUUGCUUUAAAGGAGGCUGUGUGAUCCUUUCUUGACAGGGGAACCAAGGGUGACAUGCUAGGUAAGGAAAAGUUCCUGUUCUAUGCAAACAACCCAACUGUUUUGCAUAGACUGCACAUCUGUUAAUAGAUGUCUCUUGCCUUGGGAAAGAGUUCUGAGCUUGGGCUGUAUUUGUGCCUUAUAAAAUUAUUUGUAUCUACAUUUUAUACCAUGCAGAUCAUUAAAUAUUUCUUCAUUCCAUGCGGAUGUAUAUAGCACAGUCAUUUGUAAUGCUGCUAGUACAGUAUAGAGAAGCAAUAGACAGGAGGUACAGUAGAAUGUAUUGUUAAAUCUCUGGGUGGUGCAUGAGUAAAUUUAUAAAGAGAAUUAUGGGCAAAAGUCACAGGUGACAUAAUUUGUGUGUAAAUUACAAGCCUUUUGUAAACUUGUCAAAAAAUGGGAGAAAAUUGCAUAGUAGUGUAAUUUGCAUAGAAUUAGCAUUGAGGGGGUAACAAACCCAUAAAUCUUUUGGGUCAAACAAUGCUCUCUUUUACAUGGGUGCAAAAUCCAGAGUAAUUCCACUGACUUUCCACUGGCAUAAGUGAAUACAGAAUUUGUCCUCUUAACCUUUGCAUUUUUAAAUUGUAAUUAUGUGACCUUAGAAAUUCUGUUAUGAAAAAAUUCACAUUUAAGGUACUGACUAUUUUGAAGUGUGUGCAUUCAUUUAGCAGUGAUGGACUAACAACACUGGGAUGAUCCAAGUGUAACGUGGGCUACCAGAGUGAGUUUCCACACAUAACACUGGCAAAACAGUAAUACCAUCUAGCAACACUGCUAUCCCAGUGCUAUGCCUCUCUUGAAUAAGGAUUACAGUUCUGGCCAGACUGAGUAAUGUUUUGAGAUGGGGCACUAACGGGGACUGAAAGGAGAACCACAAAUGGUUCAUUUCCACAUGUGAAAUAAGCCAGCCUUUGUGCUUGGUUCUCUGAAGGUGGAAUAGUUUAUGCACUAACUCGCUGCCCAAUGUUUUAUACUGAUGUCUGAAAAUAAAAAAUGAGAUGGAUCCAAUUGAAGGACUUGAUCCUGACCACCUGGAAUUUCCAUUGGCUUCAGUGGGAAAAGCAGAUGCUCAGAGCCAGGCUCCAAAACUCCUCAACUGGACAUUUCUAAACUUUGGGGAAGUUUCGUUUCAACUGUGGAUCCAGUUUUCAUAAACUUAACUAAAUACCCAGAUCCAAAUGCCCCCCAACUUUGUAAACAUUCAGAGCUGAAUCUGAACAUUACAGCUUGAUCCCAUCUCUAAUAAAAAUAAUUCUUGGUCAUUUUCCAUUUGGGUAUUAUGUUAAAUAGUUGCCAAAAUGUGACUGUUAUCAAGGUGCUUUAUCAGCUGAUUCACUUUCUGACUUGACAUUUCUCUCUGUAUUUUCCAUUAGCAUUUCCAAUACCCAUACUGAGAGGUCCAUUUAAUUGUAGCAAAAUUGCAACACAUUCAGAUGGGAUUUCCAAAGGAGCCUAGGAACGUUAAGUGCCCAGUCCCACUGUAUUUCAGUGGAAGUUGUAUGCCUUGCUCCCUUAGCUUCCUUUGAAAAUGCCAGCCUAGAUCUAUAUAUUUUUCUUCUUUCACAAAUCCCAGUGGUACAGCCUCAGGAUGAGUGUCAUGUGCAACAGACAUGUAAGUUAAAAUGAAGGGGAAACUUUUUUAUUUAUAGUAAUCUUUCAUUUUAUUGUCCAUUAUUUAUUUUUAAAUUACUUGCGGAGGGAAAAGAAAACAAGCCAACUCUGCCUCACUCCUGAGACUGGACUUUCCAGUCUCUGGUAAUGCAGCACAAUUUAUAUUCACUGUGCUGCCUGUCCAGUUUAGACUGUAAGCUCCGCGGGGAAGGGGCCACUGCUUCUGUAUGCUACACAGGGCUGAGCACACCAGUGGGGCUUAAGAAAUAAUUAUACGGGCAUAGAUUUGACUGGAUGCUUUUACCCACAGUGUAUAAAGUCCUUCUAGAUGAAAGGCACCAUAUAAAUGUAGGCCAUUAUUACUAAUGGGUCGAAUUUUGGGCCAAUUAUAAAGACUUCUGAAUGGGCAGAGGGUUUGUUUAAACAAGGAGAACUGCUUAUGAAAGAGCUUCAGGAAAUGACACUGCAGAUUUCAUAAAUGAAGACCUAAAAUGCAUCCCUCCAAAUUGAAGCAUAUUAAUAGGUGGCCAGAGUGCUGUUCUACAGUAGGAGCCACUUAUCAAAAAUGUCAUUCUUCAAAGGAAUUGCUUCAAGAAAAGUUUUUUUGUUUUUUGUUUAUCAUUUAAAAUGAAGGAACUUUAUCAUGUGCAUCCAGGCAGUCAGCCCCCACAUAGGAUAUUUCUGUCUGCACCAUUAGGAGGUGUGCUGAUACUCAAAGCUGGUAUCAGUAAAGUAGAUUUACAAGUGAAAACACAAAGGGUCAGAUUUUUAAAGGUAUUUAUGUACCUAAAAAUGCAGAUAAAUGCUUCUGAAAAUGCCAUUAAGUGACUAUCUGCAUCUUGAGGUGUCUGCAUACCUUUAAAACUUUGGCACAAAGAGCCAUGUUAUGCCUAUUACAUUGUACUCUGGUCCAAUUUCUUGGUGGCUAUAUUUUAACUGUACAACACAGUACAGAGACUGGUUAUUUAUUUCUGCUAAGACUCCAGUCAAAACAGGCAACAUAUCAGCAUAGAAUUAUUGAUGACUGUUCUGUGGUAAGGGUGGCCAUGUAGCAGUUCCAUCUUUAGUGGCUUCAUUCCCUGAUGGGUUGAAGAUGUGGUGAGAGAGUCCUAAAUAAAUACCGGUAAUGUGUGGGGGGAGCCAGAGGUGAGGGGAGACUGCAAAUUGUAACUGGAUUCCAGACAUCUGGAAAAGUCAACGCAGGUGGAGUUUAGCAGGUAAAUAAGGAAGGGGAGGGUAAUCAUGGGCCCAGUCCAGCAGUCUAUACUCAGGCAAAACCCACUGAGUUUUUAAAUCAAUUUGCCUGACUAAGGAUGACAGGAUUUGGCUUUUUGCGAGCCUCUUGUCAAAUGGCUCAGCUAGGACGCCUUCAAGCACAUAAAUAUUUUCAAGAUCCUUUUUCUUUCUGUGUUAAACAUUUAGUUAAUUAUCAACUGGGGUUUUUUAUGUGGAAAAAAAUGCUGUCUGGUUUAAUUAAUGUUCUGAGCACUGCAGCUAUUGUAAGUUGCACAACAUGGAACUCCAAAACAACUGCCUAAUAGAAAGAAGUGUUGAUGCAUCAAUACAUUGCCUUCCGUGGAGGAAAAUGAACAAUCUAAAGUAUGGUUGAGGCAAGAAGAUAUGUAGUUUCAACAAACUAAGGAACAGGAGGAAGGAGCAAAAAGAGUGGAUCAUGAAAAGUGUUAAAUAGAUUAAAAACUGGUGCCAGUGUCCGCAAAUGUAAAAGUAUAA